AUGGAUGACAACAGGCCGCGCGCCGGUGCCUCUGCUGCGGCCGCCUUACCUGGUGCAGCGCCGACUGCGCGCUCCGAGGCAUCGAAUCCACCCGCGCCGAGCAAUGCGCCCAAGAUCCAGCAGCCGAAACCCCAAGCUCUGCCAUCGCGAUCCGGCCCCAGCGCCAUCCUGGUCUCGCCGCGACAGAAAGGCAACCCUAUUCUCAACAGCGUGCGCUCCGUCGCAUGGGAGUACUCUGACAUUCCCGCCGACUAUGUCGUCGGCGCCACAACAUGUGCGCUCUUCCUGUCACUCAAGUACCACCGUCUGCAUCCCGAGUAUAUCUACAACCGCAUCCGAGACCUGAAGGGCCAGUACAGUCUUCGCAUCCUCCUCACCAUGGUCGAUAUUGAAAACCAUGAAGAUCCAUUGAGGGAGCUAUCCAAGACGUCACUAGUCAACAACGUCACAGUCAUGCUAUGUUGGAGCGCACCGGAAGCCGGUCGCUAUCUGGAACUUUUCAAGACAUUUGAGAAUGCUGCACCCACCAGCAUUCGCGCUCAGCAAGCAGGCACUUAUUCAGAGAAAAUGGUCGAAUUCAUCACCGUACCACGCAGCAUCAACAAGACGGAUGCAGUAGGCUUAGUCUCUAAUUUUGGUAGCAUCCGCACUGCAAUCAACGCCGGGCCUGAAGAAAUUGGCCUAAUAGCAGGCUGGGGUGACAAGAAGGUUCAGCGGUGGUGCAACGCCGUCAGAGAGCCCUUUAGGGUCAAGAAGGCAGCGAGACGAGCGGUCGGUCAAGACAGCAGUGCAGCGACCAUGUCACGCGACAUCUCCAUGGCAGAAGGCGAAAGCCAGAUGCCGCCGACAGCGGAUGCUGAUGACACAGCACACCGCAGGGUAGACGAUGCCGGGCCUCUUGCACUGGAGCUGGAGAGAUCCGCUCCUUUUGCAACUUCAGGGUCGGACGCAGAUAAAAGACCCGAUCAUCGCAUCGCUGAAGAUCUCAAUCAAGACGAUGAAGAAGCAAUUCGUGAGGCAGAAUUGGGUCCAGUUCCACGAGGCAAUGAGACUCAACCCUCUGCUCCGCCAGUGAAGCGGAAGCAGGUAGAAGAGGAAAACAUGAGCGAAGGCGUCAUGGCUGCACUCAGCAACGUUAUCUUCGACUACCUCCACGCUGCCGACGUCAAAUCUGCGAGAGCUGUGAGUAGAAUGUUCCGAAACAACGCUACACCUGCGCUCUUUCGCAGUAUCGUGGCUUGUGCAAGAUAUCAAGCGCUAGGCGCCUUCCAAAACGUAUCACUACACUCGAUAUACUCGGGCUAUGUAAGAGAGAUCAUCUUCGAUGGAACACUAUACGAUGGGCAUCUCGCGAAAGACCAUCGCAACUACUCUCGAGCCGAAGAGGCUAGCGGCAAAUUUCAAUCAGGAUCCUUCUACGCAAUGCGAACCAGGUGGAGAAGAUACCAAGACCUUCACAAGGAACAAGAGAGCAUGAAGGAAGAUGGUGUCUUGUUACAAUCAUGCGCACGAGGCCUUGAGAACAUGCAGAACAUCUCGUCCAUCGUUUACUCGCCAUAUCAACACACCAUCCCUAUGGAGGUCAAGACACUGCGCGAUCUGCUACCAAGAGGAGCUCUUCCCGGCACCUUCACCGACAACCGCACCACUGGCUCGGAUCACCCUUUCCGCCAACUUAUUGGUGCCGUCUUUUUGUCAGAUUACACUGGAAUCCGACAGCUCACGAUCGAAGCACCUCGCGAAGGCCACCCGCGUACUGAGCUUUCUUUGGAUAUGUUCAGUUUCCCAGACACCAAUGAUCUGAGCGCCGGGAAACAUCUCUUUCAAAAUUUGGUUAAGUUAGACAUAAGUCUGUCUAUCCUCAACAUAGAGAGUCAGACGACGCAUCCUAUGACUCAGAUCGAUCCUCCUGAACGACAGCUUGAGAACCUGGCCAAAGUCCUCGAGGCUGCCCGGGAGCUGCGGCACCUCUCCUUUGGCAUACUAAACUGGGGGUAUCUCAACGCGCUGAUGUGGGAUGGGGGCGACAUUCCAGAGGGACGCUCCAUCGUCGACUUCAUUGGUCUUGGAGCAACAUGGCGGAAGCUCCGCUCAUUGAAGCUCGAAGGCUUAUACGCCAGGGAGCGCGAUCUGUGUGAAUUGAUCAACCGACACAAGGACACCCUUAGAACCCUCACCUUCGCCAGAUGCACUCUUUGCGCAGGCCUAUGGGUCGAAGUGGUGAACGAGGUCGUUUUCAAUGCGUCCAUGAUCGCUACAUUCGAGUUGGACCAUGUCAAUGAGCAAAACGCUGGCUGGAAUCUGACUAGCGUCGGCAGGACCAACCCGAUGUUAGGAUACGAAGGUCGUCUAACUGUGACGAAAGAUGGAGAACGUGAAUUUGUCAACAGCAACCCGGAUAAGCCCUCGGUUUACGACGCCCGCAACAACACAACAAACUCAAUAUGAUCAACGGUUUCAUCAGCUCGUUACCCAUCAUUACGCACACCAAUGACUUGGUAUUGGCGAUUACUCAGGCAUUCCUCCAUCUUUGGUAGCAUAAAUCAGGUAUUAGUUAAUAGUCAUACGUUGUUUUGCUG